AUGUCCACCUCCGCAAAGCGCAACUGGGCGGAUCUCCCCUUGGAUCUCCUCGGCGACAUCGCCAGCCGGCUGACAUUACGUGACUACCGCCGUUUCUGCAGGGUCUGCACCUCCUGGGCCUCCGUGAAGUCCCCCUACACGCUCUAUCUCCUCCUCCCCGGCGACGACGGCGAGUACCAAAACCUCCUCCGUGCCACCGACCACACCUCUUUGCCUGCCCCCGCUCUCCCGGCGCUCCGCGGCAGGUGGUGCGUUGGAUCCCAGGAUGACUGGCUCUCCACCCUCGACGAAUUCUCCCAACUAAGCCUUUUGAACCUUAUCACGAGAGAAGAGAUCAAGCUCCCCUCCAUCGCUCCCCUCCCUCAAAUCGACGCCUUCUCCAAAGUCGUAUGCGGACGGCAAUACUGGAGCCGCAUCUUCUUUCCUCCUGAGGACUUCCGCCUUCUUGCCUCCGUUUCGAAGGUCGUCUUCUCCCCGAAUCCGUCACCCGCGAGCUACACGGCAGUGGCCUUCCUCGACUACCCGGCCAAAUUUUUGUACACCAGAGCGGGUGACGACAAGUGGACCGCCGCUGAAGAAUUGGACCGUGCGAAAGACGUCAUAUAUCGUGACGGCAGGUUCCUGGCCGUUUUCGGAAAUGGAGAAGCCGUGGCUGUUGAUCUCGGCGCUGACAGCAGGCCUUCUGCAUUCCUCGCUUCGCGGGCCGCCGACUCCUUGUUCUCCGUCAAGUAUCUGGUGGACUCCGCCGGUGAUCUGCUGCAGGUCCGGAGAUAUCUGAGACGCACUACAGUUGGAGAUGAGAAUCGGAUAGUGAUCAAGACUACGAGGAUUCAGGUCUUCAAGUGCGAUGUGAAACGGCGCGUAUGGGUGCCGGUGGAGAGCCUGGGCGACCGAUCGCUGUUGGUGGGGACGUGUUGUUCUGUCUCCUUCUCGGCUCAAGAGAUCCCUGGACUGAAAGGGAACCGGGUCUAUUUUACUGAGGAUUAUUGGGUUUUCCUUCAUGCCGGUGCGGUGAGAGACGCGCAAUAUGAUGUAGGAGUCUUCCGCUUGGAAGAUGGAAGUCUCGAGCCAUGUCUUCCGAUUCCAAGUCCUAAGCCAAACUUCGGUCCGCCCAUUUGGGUUAUACUGCCCCCAGCAUUGCUGGACGUUGGCGUGGAUUGCAAGAUAUAG